AUGUCUUGUAGACUGGGGAUUGCUUGGGCAACCCAUCCUAGAGCCCUUUGGGUUACCGAUACGUUCCAUAUAAAUGCUAGUUAUACUGUGCCCAAGAUACUAUCUUUCUCCUUCCAAAAGUCCCUACAUUCUUCAUUCGAUUUACCCCAUACGUGUUGUUUCAAAGUCUUGGAGUCUACAUGCCUUCCCUUAGCCUAUUGGCUGCUUCCAAUCCCUCUAAAACUCUGGAAUUCUCGAUCUAAUUACAACAGGCUGUACCGGAAAUGCGACUCAGAGAAAGCACAGCUUCUGAGGCGAUAUUGGUAUUGCGGCGGGAGUCUAGUACCCUGCUGUGAGAGGUGGGCUGAACUGGCGAUGCAUUUGAGAGCGAAGAUGCCCCUAGCGAGGCAGAGUCUAGAAAGCUAUGUUCAAGCAGGAAAAUGGUGCCCGGUUGCUUUGCCAGCAUUCCCUUCUCGCAACGGAGACAGGACUACUUGGGUUCUUAAGGUUUGUAGCAUUUCCAUUCCUCUGCGCGUUCUAAACACUCUUAACGUGUUUGCUAUAGAAGCCGUCCUCUCCUAUAAAGAAAUACAAUUCGCAGCCUCGAUUCUAGCAAUUCGCCUCGUGUGA